GAAGAACGCCCCAAAUAUUGGUCCAUUAUCUAUCUACUACGAUUGUGUCGUGUAUAUUUCUACUCUCCUCUACUAUCGUUCGCGUUAUCGGUGCAAAGAGACUACUAAUUGCGUCACAAACCUGAUUGAAUCGAAAUUGGAUCGAUUGGUAUUAGAAAUGGCGAUGAGGGAGUUGGUCACGGGUGGGGCGGCGUGUGCGGUGCCUGGUUCUUCUUCUUCAUCAAACCCUCUUGGUGCUCUCGCCAACGCCCUUAUCGGCUCUUCCUCUCAAAAGGAAAGGUUGCAGGAGAUUCCUACAUCAACACUGAAUACGUCUGGGUCUGGCAGCGGUAUCUACUCAGGAGGGGGAGAGGCCUUGUCAGCUCUUCCUGGAUCGGAGUUGGAACAUCCUCUGCAGCGUGAUGGCUCAGGGUUCAUUAAUGGUUUCCAUGCUGCAAAUGACCAGACCCAGAGGCUUGGUGAAAUUUGGGAUGGAAUACAAGGUCAAGGUCAAGGUCAAGGUCAAACCAACUUCCCUCUACGCCAACUUCAACCAGAAUUAAAUGGCCCACCUCAAAGAGUAUUGUCAAGCUUUUUGCAUUCAUUUGUUAAUAGCAGUCAUGGUGGAGUUCCUUUUGGUCCCACUCAACUGCCGGUGUUGGGUUUGUCUGAAGGGGACAAACGCUGCAUACGUGACCGCAGCAGCAUAAUGGCUCGGCAUAUCUUUGCUGACAAGACUGAGGAUUUCAUCAAUGGCCAGGUGAAUGCUCUGUUAUCUUCUUUAGAGAUCGAUAAUCAUGGGGGGUUGGUUAGGGAGCACAUGCCUGGUAGAUAUGCAGAGCUGGAUCAGUAUUGGGGGGAGUCGCAAGUCAUGGGGCCCAGGCCCAAUGCAGAUGGCUGGGCUGAUGAAUUUUCCCAACAACACGGUGGGGACCCGAAUGCUUGGGCUUUAUCCUUUGAACGACAACAUGGUGCUGGGGGUUGGGCUUCUGAAUUCCAGCAUGAGCAAACGCAGAUGACGUCUGUGGACCGAAUGGCAGGUGCAAACAUUCCAUCUUUGGCUGCUAUGGAGCAGACCCGAAUGCUAGCACACACUUUAGCUCAGAACACCAAUCCAAAGUUUCAGAACUCCAAGUUCCUUCAGUUUGUUUCAAAGAUGAGUCGUGGGGAAUUGACUAUUGAGGAUAACCAGGUCAGGCCUGCAAGUGGGGACUGGGCAAAUGAAUAUCAACAGCAAUAUAAUGCAGGCCCUUCCUCUACCUCUUGGGCAGAUCAGUAUGCACGUGAAGAGGUUUCUAGGGCUCCUGAUAGGUGGGCGGAUGAAUUUGCUAACGAACGUGUGCAUCAUGGCCCGGUAGAUGAGCAGUGGGUCAAUGAGUUUUCAAAGUUGGAAGUCAACGACUGGGCAGAUGAAUUUGGUCGCCAGGUUGGUGAAGGCAUUCUGGGAGAUGAUUCUGCUGAUAAUUGGGCAUCUGCAUAUGACGAGUACUUAAACGAACAAGCUGUUAUGAAGCAGAAAUCUGAGAGUUCAAGGGGGGUGUAUGUAUUUUCUGAUUUAAAUCCUUAUGUUGGGCAUCCUGAUCCUUUGAGGGAAGGCCAGGAGCUGUUCCGUAAAGGUCUGUUAAGUGAAGCAGUUCUUGCUUUAGAGGCUGAAGUUUUGAAGAACCCUGAGAAUGCUGAAGGUUGGAGGUUGCUUGGUGUAGCACAUGCUGAGAAUGAUGACGAUCAACAGGCAAUUGCAUCAAUGAUGCGUGCACAUGAAGCUGACCCCACCAAUCUGGAGGUUCUUCUUGCACUAGGAGUCAGCCAUACAAAUGAAUUGGAACAACAAGCUGCAUUGAAAUAUUUGUAUAGUUGGCUGCGCCAGCAUCCAGAGUAUGGGAAAAUCGCUCCUCCUCAACUCUCCGAUUCACUCUACUACGCUGAUGUUGCUCGGACUUUCAACGAGGCAGCUCAAAUGUCACCUGAGGAUGCAGAUGUACACAUAGUACUCGGUGUCUUGUAUAACCUUUCAAGAGAAUAUGACAAAGCCAUUGAAUCCUUCCAGACAGCUUUAAAGCUCAAGCCAAGAGAUUACUCAUUAUGGAACAAACUUGGGGCAACACAAGCAAACAGUGUUCAGAGUGCUGAUGCAAUAUACGCAUACCAAAUGGCAUUGGAUUUGAAGCCGAAUUAUGUUCGCGCAUGGGCAAACAUGGGUAUUAGUUAUGCAAACCAGGGCAUGUAUGAGGACUCUAUUCGCUACUAUGUGCGUGCACUAGCAAUGAAUCCAAAGGCAGAUAAUGCCUGGCAGUACUUGAGAAUUUCUCUAAGCUGUGCUUCCAGGAACGAUAUGAUGGAAGCUUGCGACUCCCGGAAUCUUGAUGUUCUUCAGAAGGAAUUCCCGUUAUAAGUUACACUCACACACUCACACUCAACUUUCUUAUUUGCAAUCAUUUUCUCAUGCUUUAUAUAAUAUACUACUAUAUUGCCUGUAACCUUUUACACUCUCUUUUCAUAUCAACCUAUAAACAAGGUAAGCCAAUUGAUCCUUGUACGCAACAAUAAAACUAGAAAACCGUUAAAUAUCAUUUAC